GGCGGCGCACGCGAUGGGCGGGGUGUGGACGCCGCUGCGAUGGCUGCCCACAGGUGUCGGACCAGCGGAGCCCCCGGCCCCUCUCAGAGCCCGGCCUCCUGACGCCGCUAGGGGGCGGGGCCCCCCCGGGCCGCCUCCGCCGCUGUCAUGUAUCCGCCGCUGCCGCCGCCGGCGCCGCAUCGGGACUUCAUCUCGGUGACGCUGAGCCUCGGCCAGAGCUACGACGGAAGCAAAAGCUGGCGGCGGCGCUCGUGCUGGAGGAAAUGGAAGCAGCUGUCGAGGUUGCAGCGGAACGUGAUACUCUUCUCGCUCACGUUCCUGAUGCUCUGUGGCUUCCUGUCCUACAUCAGCGUGGCUGACCAGUGGACAGCCGUGGACGGCAGGUCAGCGGAAGAGCAGAAAACGAGACCAGCAGAUCCACCCGUCUUGCCAGCUCCUCAGAAAGCAGAUGCACAUCCAGAAAACAUGCAGGGGGCCUUACCUCAGAAGCCUCAGAGGCAUUUCCGACGGGGACCACCCAACCUGCAUCUUAGAGCCCCCGGUAAAGACUCCGAGGACCCGAGGCAGGGAGACACCAAGCGGAGGGAUGAGGCGGUGGGCGAUGCUCAUCAGGAGGAAAGCACGCAGAGAACGGUGGUCAGCUGGAGGGGAGCGGUGAUUGAGCCGCAGCCCGGCACCGAACUUCCUUCGAGGAAGGCAGAGGCCCCCGCCAGGCCUUCCUCCCAGGCCCCCAGGAUUCAGAACCCAGCAGCCUCCCCAAACGAGCGUCAGAGAGCUGUGAUUGACGCCUUCCGCCACGCGUGGGCCGGAUACCGCAAAUUCGCCUGGGGCCAUGAUGAGCUGAAACCUGUGUCCAGGUCCUUCAGUGAGUGGUUUGGCCUGGGCCUGACCCUGAUUGACGCUCUGGACACCAUGUGGAUUUUGGGUCUGAAAAAAGAGUUUGAAGAGGCCAGGAAGUGGGUGUCGAAGAAGCUACGGUUUCAGAAAGAUGUGGACGUCAACCUGUUUGAGAGCACAAUCCGGAUCCUUGGUGGGCUUCUGAGCGCCUACCACCUGUCGGGGGACGAGCUCUUCCUGAGGAAGGCUGAAGAUUUUGGGAAUCGGCUCAUGCCUGCGUUCCAGACGCCUUCCAAGAUCCCGUACUCCGACGUCAACAUCGGCACUGGGGCCGCCCACCCGCCCCGCUGGACCUCGGACAGCACGGUGGCCGAGGUCACGAGCAUUCAGCUGGAGUUCCGGGAGCUCUCGCGCCUCACGGGAAGUAAGAAGUUUCAGGAGGCUGCGGAGGAGGUGACGCGGCAUGUCCACUCCCUGUCGGGCAAGAAGGACGGGCUGGUGCCCAUGUUCAUCAAUACGCACAGCGGCCUCUUCACGCACAUGGGCGUGUUCACUCUGGGAGCCAGGGCCGACAGCUACUACGAGUACCUGCUGAAGCAGUGGAUCCAGGGUGGAAAGCAGGAGACGCAGUUGCUAGAAGACUACCUGGAAGCCAUCGAGGGAAUCAGAAGGCACCUGCUGCGCAGGUCUGAGCCCAGAAAGCUCACCUUCGUGGGGGAGCUGGCCCACGGCCGCUUCAGCGCCAAGAUGGACCACCUGGUAUGCUUCCUGCCAGGGACGCUGGCUCUGGGCGCCCACCACGGCCUGCCCGCCGACCACAUGGAGCUGGCCCGGGCGCUCAUGGACACCUGCUACCAGAUGAACCGUCAGAUGGAGACGGGGCUGAGCCCCGAAAUCGUGCACUUCAACCUGUACCCCCAGAACGACCACAAAGACGUGCAAGUCAAGCCGGCCGACAGGCACAACCUGCUGCGGCCCGAGACGGUGGAGAGCCUGUUCUACUUGUACCGCCUCACGGGGGACCGCAAGUACCAGGACUGGGGCUGGGAAAUUCUGCAGAGCUUCAACACGUACACGCGGGUCCCCUCGGGUGGCUACUCCUCCAUCAGCAACGUCCAGGAUCCCCUCAAUCCCCAGCCCAGGGACAAGAUGGAGAGCUUUUUUCUGGGGGAGACGCUUAAGUACCUGUAUCUGCUCUUCUCUGAUGACCCAGACCUGCUCAGCCUGGACACCUAUGUGUUCAACACGGAGGCUCACCCCUUGCCCAUCUGGGCCCCGCCUAGGGAGGUGUGAUGCCCCUGUGGGCCUUGCCUAGGGUUCUCAUUUGUCUGGUUUUUGUGGAACCUGUUCAGCACAUCCCUGGUCAUGUUUUGGUCCAGUGUCCUGGGUCUUGGCCCUUUUGUCCACCUAGCUGGAGCCUGUGGCCCAGGCCAGGCUGAGGACAGAACCCAGCAUUCCUUAGCUGCAGUGUCUCAGGGCCUGAGGUGGUCAGGGCUGUUGGCUUCUCGUCCUGGCGGCUUCUCGUCACAGCUGUGUUCUAGGGUCUUCGCCAUUCAGCCCGUCCACCAGGGAGUCUCCUGCUUCCCGAAGAAACUGGAAUCAUGAUGUACAUUCCUGGUACCCACACGUCUUUCCGUCCGUCGGUGCCCAGCCCUGUGUCCACAUCCCUGCAUCUUUGGGGCUGUUCUGGGUAGCCCCGUCCUGUUCAGAGACAAGAGCUAAAGGGAUGUCCCGACGUGGGGCUCAGCCUGGAGUCUCAGAGCUUGCUUGUGUGCUGGCCCGAGGGUCUUGGGGCACCUGCGGGCUGUGGUGUUUACACAUUGGACUCAGGGAUCCUCUCCCGGCCCUGCAGGGGCCGGGAGUGGGAGGGGGGUGGUUCCUUCUGCUCCUGGACCACCCCAGAGAAUGGACUUUCCAGGCAGCAUAAAGGUAGAUUGCUAUGAC